CCAUCAACGCCAUGGCCUUCAAGCUGUUCGUCCUCGCCGCCGUGCUGGCCGUGGCCCGCGCCGGCUACCUGUCCGCCCCCGCCGCCGUCUCCUACGCCGCCCCCGCCGUCUCCUACGCCGCCCCCGCAGUGGCCUACGCCGCCCCCGCUGCCUACGCGCCUGCUGCCCUCACGUCGCAGAGCUCCAACAUCCUGAGGAGCUUCGGCAACCUGGGACAGGUGUCCACCUACACCAAGACCAUCGACACGCCCUACUCCAGCGUCACCAAGUCUGACGUCCGCGUCAGCAACGACGCCAUCGCGCACGUCGCCGCCCCCGUCGCCUACGCCGCCGCCCCCGCCUACCACGCCCCCGCCUACUACCACGGUUAAGCUGGGAGUCACAUGUACCCUCA